AUGGCGGCGCUGGCGCUGCUCUGUGUGGCGGCCGCGCUGGGCUCGGGCCUGGCCGAGCGCCGGUACCGCCCGGACUGGGCCAGCCUGGACGCGCGGCCGCUGCCGGCCUGGUUCGACCAGGCCAAGGUGGGGGUGUUCGUGCACUGGGGGGUGUUCUCCGUGCCCGCCUGGGGCUCCGAGUGGUUCUGGUGGCACUGGCAGGGCCUGCACGAUGCCGCCUACGAGCGCUUCGUGCGCCGCCGCUUCCCGCCCGGCACCACCUACGCGGAGUUCGCUCCCCUUUUCACCGCCCACGACUUCCAGCCCCGCCAGUGGGCACAGCUCUUCCAGCGGGCCGGGGCCAGAUACGUGGUCCUGACAACCAAGCACCACGAGGGCUUCACCAACUGGGGGUCGCCAGUGUCCUGGAACUGGAAUUCUGUGGAUACAGGGCCCCACCGAGACCUGGUGGGAGAGCUGGGAGAAGCCCUCAGGGAGAGCAACCUCCGUUAUGGGCUGUAUCACUCCCUGAUGGAGUGGUUUAACCCUCUCUACCUCGCUGACAAACAAAGUGAAUUCAAGACCCAGAGCUUCGUUUUAAAGAAGUUGAUGCCAGAACUUUAUGACCUUGUCUUAAAAUACAAACCAGAUCUGAUUUGGUCAGAUGGAGACUGGGAAGCUCCAGAUUCCUACUGGAAUUCCACCUCUUUCCUUGCCUGGCUCUAUAACGACAGCCCUGUCAAGGACACCGUGGUUGUGAACGAUCGCUGGGGUCGGGGCUGCUCCUGCCACCACGGGGGUUUCUACAACUGUGCUGACAAGUACAGGCCAGGCUCCCUGCCCCACCACAAGUGGGAGAUGUGCUCCUCCCUGGACAAGCUCUCCUGGGGCUACCGCAGCAACAUGAGCCUCGCUGAGGUGAUGGAUGAAAUGAGUAUGAUUGAGGAGCUGGUGCAGACUGUGAGUUUGGGUGGCAACUACCUCCUCAAUGUGGGACCUACAAAAGAAGGGGUGAUUGCCCCCAUCUUCCAAGAAAGACUCCUGGCCCUUGGGAGGUGGCUGGACACCAAUGGGGAGGCGAUUUAUGAAUCCCAGCCUUGGAGGGUGCAGAUGGAGAACACCACAGACACAAUCUGGUACACCUCCAAGGGACCAGUGGUCUUUGCCAUCUUCCUGCUCUGGCCUCGGGACAGUGUCUUGCAUCUGUCCUCACCCAUUCCAUCCCCAGACACACAGGUGACACUGCUGGGGUUUGCUGGGACUCUGCAGUGGCAGAAGCACCCAGGGGAAGGGAUGCUCAUAACCCUGCCCUACAUGCUGCCCUCUCCUCUCCCUCCUCAGUCUGGCUGGGCCGUGAAGCUCGAGGGGGUGAAGUGAUGCUGUGGGGGGGAACACAGCAUCUCCCACUGCCUUUCUUUUCGAUUGAAUCCAAGAGGAUUUUUAUGUUUCACGUUGAAUACAUUAUUUUUCACUCGAGAGAAUCUCUCCUCCAGUCUCUGUUGCCUUGUGUUAGUUUGGUGUUGGUUGUGAUCAGCUGUUUCUAUGAUGAAUAAAUCUAAAGGAAGCUUGCUGGAAGAGA